UUUGUGGGGGCUCUGUGUGUCGGUGUGUGUUUGUGGGAGCUGUCUGUGUGUGUGUAAGGCUGGCAGUGCACGUGUGCAAGGCUGUGCCGUGCCCCGGGCUGUGUUUAUCAGCCCGGCCCACGUCCCUCAGCGUGUGUAAGGCUGUUCCCGAGCCCGGGCUCUCCCCGCGGGCGGGAGCCGGGGCCGGGGCGGGCGCGGGGCGGUGCCGAGGCCGGGGCGGCGCCGGGCCGGGGGAGGCCGGGGCGGUGCUGGGGCUGUAAACACGGGGCGGAGCGGGGCCGGGGCCGCUCCCGCGCACACCCGAGCGCAGCCGCGGCCGGGGCCGCUCCAGCGGCGGCAGCACCGCAGCCCCGAUGGCCAAGCAGCCCCCCGAGGUGAAGGCGCGACGCGACGGCGAGGGCGGGCGGCUGCCGGCGGCGGAGGGGCCGGGCCCGGGCGCGCAGCUGCGCCCCGGCGCUCCCGCCGCCCUGCCCGGGGCCGGCGCGGUGUCCGCGGCCGCCGCGGCGCGGGGCCCGCCCGCCAGCCCCGGCCCCUUCGCCACCCGCUCGCCGCUCUUCAUCUUCGUGCGGAGGUCGCCGCUGCUGCCGCGCUCCUCCAGCGGGUACUUCUCGUUCGAAGCCGAGCGCAGCCCCGCGCCCCUGGGCUGCGACAAGGCCACGCAGACCCCCAGCCCGCCCUGCCAGGCGCUCAGCCACUGCCUCAGCGCCAUGGCUUCCCGGUGGCAAUCCCACUCUCCAGCCGAAGAGGUGCAGCCGGAAAUCUGGAUCGCGCAAGAGCUGCGGCGCAUCGGGGACGAGUUCAAUGCCUCCUAUUGUCCACGCAGGGGUUUCUUGGAUCACCAGGUGGGAAACCCCCAGGUCGUGAUCUUGCGCCUGCUGCGUUACAUCGUCCGCCUCAUCUGGAGGCUCCAGUGAGCGCCCGGCGCAUCCCAGGCCACCAGGACUGAACUCCUCUCUGGGAAAGGCCGGGAAGGACGGACUCAUGGAUGGAUGUGGGGCUCCCACCCUGCCUCUCCCCCAGGACACGUGGCAGGAUGAGGGUGGACAUCCCAUUCCGACCGCGGCGUUUUAUGGCAGAGUGGUGUUUACUCGGUGUUUCUCUCCACUCUUUUUAUUCAUUUUUUUGCCUUUUUUUUUCUCAAAAGAGUCUCAGCGAAAAUGUGGAAUCAUGUUUUGUCAUCGUUCCUGGAAUUCUGUGGCAUGAGCCCCAUGGCAGGAAUGAGGGAAGCCUGAGCCAGCCGGUGGGCAGAGCCCUCAGAGUUUGCCUUGCAGAGGCUCGGAUUCCUCCCCUCUCCCUUUGCCUCCAGGGCGUUUGCCCCCAAAAAGGCUGGAAAAAGGGCUGAGGGAUUUAAUCAGCACUUCUUUUACCUGUAAAUACCUAAUGCUACCCCAAAUCCAACUUCAUUUGCAUAAUGCAAAUCAGCCUAUUUCCUGCUGACUGAUUUUUUUUAUUAUUUUUUGGGUUUUGAUAUCUCUAUUUUUUUUUGAUCCACUCUGAAUUUCAAGACUUUGCUGUCGAACUCCAGGGUCCAAACCAUCACAACCAACCAACCAAACCCCAAGCCACCAGGUUGCCUUUUUUUAAAGAAAUUCUUUCUAUAAAACAUGUGCAAACGCUUCUGUAGUGUCUGCUAGCAGAUGUGGGGGACUGAGUAAUCCAGCAAUAAACGUUCCGGAGGCAGGGAGCAGCUCCCGGGACACCGCAGCCGGAGGCGACGGCAGCAGGACCUGUUGUGAGUCGUGGCUGUCAAAAGAGGUUUCCAAGAUCGUGUUUUCCUGGGAUCCUCUCCGUGUUUGGAUGGGGAUGAGCACCCAGAUGAAGAUGGAAGGAUGCCAGCCCGCCAUGGAUCUAUCCAGGACAUUCCAAGGGGAUCUGACUGCUCUGUGUCCUCCCAGAGAGAGAAUUCCCAGGUGCUCUGUGUCCCAGGGCUUUUCCCCUUCCCUCUGGAGCCAUGGAUCCGUGGGUGUUCCCGCUGCCUCCCAGCAGAUGUUUUUGGGGGAUUGGCUGCUCCAGCCAUCCCAUAUCUAUGCACAAACAUCCCCCUUCCCUCAGGCUGGUGCAGGUGCUCCCCAAAAGCUACGGGGUUGUUUCCAGUCUCACCAGCACCAUAGGAAAAGAAAAGAAGGAAAACCCCAUCCCAAGCCCCCCUUGGAGCGGUUCUUCCCACACAGGGAGAAGCUGCUGAGUGCCAUGGAUGAUAAUUAGUGUUAAUUAAUGAUGGACAGACCCCAGUGGGACCUCUCUGCACGGCUGUGCCUGGCGGGUCGGAGCGGGGCCUCCCCUCCUGCUCCUGGGGGACCACAGAGGCAGUUUUAACCUCAAUUGCCAAUUUUAUUCCCUUUUUUCCCUUGGAAGUGCAAGGUGAGCAGCGGUUGCAGGAGCAGGGAGUGUUUUGGGAAGGGCAUUUUGGAGCCCUUGGGGGGAACCUUUGCACUGGUGGAGAGCGAGCGGUUCAAAUAACGAGGGAGCUUGGCCAGGGCAGAUCCUGCUCCUCAUCCCUUGGGAUUUACCUCUGGCUUUGGCUCACCGUGGCUGUGCUGCCCCAGCCAGCCCUACUGUAGGCUGCCACCAGGGAUUUUCCAUGGAAUUCCACUGGUAAAAAGAAAAUUAAAUGGAUAAAACUUGGCAGCAGAGGGGGGGAGACCCAGUGAGAGUUUUUUUUUUUCUCUCCCAGUUGAAUUCCAUCGUUGCUGGUGGAUGAAAUGGUGCUUUGGGAUCUCCCAACCUUUGGCAUCCCAGAAUGUGUCCCUUGGAGUACACCAAAGAAUCACCAAAGAGCACUUUACCCUGUCCUCCCAUGGAGACAAAAAACCAGAUUCGUUUUAAGGAAAAAAAUUCAAUUCAAAAUAUUGGCAAAGUCUCCCAGGGCCUUCUCCACAGGAGGAGUUCCCAGCCAAAAAUCAUAGGAAAAGGAACCCUCAAAAAAUAGGAUUCCUGUGGUGUUGUGAGGUUUAGUGAGAAAAAGCCCCCAAAAAAAUCCUCAGAACAGAAGAAUGAUAUAAAAUAGGGAUUUAUGCUCUUUUCAGCCAUGUUGGCUGCCUGCUCUGGGUCGUGUUUAAGUGUAGCCUGUGCUCUGUGUUGCACCAAAAGGAUGAAGAGUUUUCCUUGGAAACCAGAUUGAUCCUGUUCUUGCUUUUCCUCUUUUGCACCAAACUGUAAAUACUCAGAUAUUUAUUAGAGUAGAGUACCAUAUUAUUUUCAUCAUCUGAGCCAAAUAUCUGUGUGCAAUGUACUCCCUCUCCUUUCUCUCCUGUAACUUUUGUACAGCUUAGAAAUACUUAAAAAAAAAAAACCUAAAAAAAAUUUUUUAAAAUCCUGUUUUUUUCCUAUACUUUUUUAGAGUGGAAUUGGUAAAUACUGUAGGUCCUUUUUUUUUUUUUUCUUUUUUUUCCCCUGUGUAAUUAAUGCACUCUACUGUUUAAUGCUGUAACUUGUAGAAAUGUUGUAUAUUUAUUUCCUGCUUAUUUAAGUUCCUGUGAAGAUUCGGUUUCCUCCCUGCCAGAAGUGUUGGAUCCCCUUCCAAAGCCAUCGUGGUGUGGAUAACAAGAUUUUAAUCUUAUUUUUCUCCAAGUGCCUAAGUCCCUGCUUCCCAGGAGUGAUUUAGGCACAUCAAAGACUUCAGCAUUAGUGAAAUUCAGUGGGAAUUUGGAAUUUGGUUCCUCCACCCCCAGGGAUUGCCCCAGCCAGGUUUUCCUGGAGCAGCCAUCCCACGGGAUCUCGUGAAUCACUAAAUCAUGUCGCAGGACCCAGCUAAUGUAGCAUUUUUGACUGCAAUUUCCCUGCCUUCCUUGUGUUUUGCACUGAUGAAUUUUGGACAGGGUAAUUGCCACUUUACUUGUGCAAUACUGCUGUAAAUAAUUGCAAGAGCCUUGUUUUUUGGGGGUUGUUUUUUGGUUUUGUUUUUAAGAAUCUUUUAUGUUCUUAAUAUGAGUUUUAUAUGAAUAAAAACUUUCAACUAUU